GCCUCGUCUCGUGAAGCGCCAUUUUUACACCAAACCCCCCCAACUCUAUCUCCUCUCUCGGGAAGGGACCCAUCAGGGGCAACAAUGGCGGAGGCCCCCAUCGUCGUCGUCCCCAAGCUCGAGAUCGAGGGGGUCACCUUCCCCGCGGUAACCUCACCCCCGCGCUCCUCCUCGUCAUCUCCCCUCUUCCUCGCCGGGGCAGGGCCGAGGGGGUUGGAGAUCGGUGGCAGGUUCGUGAAUUUCACGGCGAUCGGGGUGUAUUUGGAGGAGGGGGCGCUGCGGUCGCUCGCCGGAAAGUGGGGCGGGGCCGCGGCGGAGGAGCUCGCCGGAGACGAGCACUUCUACAGGGACAUCGUCGCCGGCCCUUUUGAGAAGUUCACAAGAGUGACCAUGCUCCUUCCCCUCACCGGGCAGCAGUACUCGGAGAAGGUCGCCGAGAACUGUCUCGCCCACUGGAAAGCUGCCGGCGUCUACACCGAAGCCGAGGGCGCGGCCGUGGACAAGUUCAAAGAGGCUUUUAAAGCCGAGACUUUUCCUCCUGGCUCCUCUAUCCUCUUCACUCACUCCCCUUCCAGCUCUCUAACUAUCGCCUUCUCGAGUGACUCGUCGGUGCCAGAGGUCGGAAAUGUGGUGAUAGAGAACCGCGCUUUAUGUGAGGCCAUCUUGGAGUCUAUUAUCGGCGAGCACGGGGUCUCCCCUGCCACGAAGCGGAGCUUGGCGCUAAGAGUUUCGGAGCUUCUCAAAGAGUUUGGUGGCGCGAAGGAGGCCGAGGUCGAGAAACCGGUCGAGGUAAGCACAUAGUUCCGCGAUCGGAGCUCGUGUAUCCUAUGUAAGAGAAGCACCAGUUUGUGGUAGAAGCUGCUACUAAAAGAAGCUGUAUAUGGAGGCUUCUUUCUGUAUUGUGUUCUCUCUUUGUGCUGUUGAUAGUAUGUUGAGUAAACGAGCAACAAGUUAUGUGCUUCUAAAUAAAUUAGAUGAUGAUGCAUGAGCACAAUGUGAGCAAGCUAUUGCACUUCAUAAAAUGCCUCUGCUUCUGUAGUUCUCAAAA